AUGCCCGCAAAAGCCCCCUCCAAAAAGGGAGGCAAAACGGCACUUUUGAAGGCCCAGGAGAGCCUACGUGCAGAGAUGGUGUCGACCGCGGGACGCACCGCAAGUGGUCGGCAACGUCGGCCAACUGAAAAAGAAACAUAUCGAACGAGCCUGCUGGGCUUCUCAGCGAUGCUGACAGGGACGAAGACAACAUGUGUACCUACAAGACAGGCACUCACAUACAGUGUGAGCAAGACCCCUCCAACUGUCUUGGCCCGAAAACCCACGAGUAAGAUCCAUAUGAAGCCACAGAAAGCGUCCACAAACGACAGUGACAGUGAGGGCAGCAGCGACAGCAAUGAUUCUAACAACUACGUCGAUAGCAUGGACCAGGACGACAUUGAGAACGAGUCUGAUUGUCGCGCGGACAACACUCCCGAUGAUCAUGACGAACACAAACUGGAGGACUCGGAGGUCCUCGAUACUGACAUGAAUUUCAAUAAAGGUCCACACCAACGGUUAAAGGCCAGCGAUUUCGACCAAGUCACCAAGGAUUUGCUCACCUCUGCCACGUCUAUCUACCGCUGUCUAGUCGUGACUCGUGCACCUUUUCCAGAGACACUGAUCAUUGAGACCAAGCUAGCAAAGGAUGCCUGGCGCGAGGCGUGUAACAUGGCAGAGCUUACCAUCCAACUUACUCCUUCUCUCGUCAAAAUGAUGACGAGGCGCACAUCACAAGUGCGCGGGGAGCUUAAAACAAAGAUGCGCACACUGACGGCCUUGUUCUUUGGCUUCCGUGCAAGCAGAUCUAUACCCGCCAUCAAGCAAAACCGUGACCUGGCUGAGUCUCUCAAGGAAGGAUCACGUUUUGUUUUUAAGAUUAAUCCAGGAGGCGAUGAAUCAUAUGUGGUUCGCAAACCGAUGCUGACUGAGGGUAUAGUACAUGCUAAAUACUUCGAUCCUUUACCCAUUCAAACCAUUGCGCUUAUACUCACAGCAAUUGAAUGCUGCAUCGACGAGUGGAUGACUGGACUAAAGGAGGACAUCAAAUUUUCGUCGCUUGCUUACUCCCCGGUCUACCAUCUCCAUCUCGACUCCCUGCAGCGGUUCGACGAGCGGACUGCUGCUUACAAACUGCUCGGUAAAAUUGGUGUCAAUCUUCUCGACGUCGCUCGGAUGCACGCUGGUGUGGAUCCAUUCAUGGCAGCAGUGACUAUCAAGAGCUUCACAGAUGACGUUUUUGAUGAAGCUAUUCGAGAGCACAAAGACGAGGCUCGAGAAGCACAAGAAGAAGGGGGUGGUGAUUGA